AGGCUCGUGACCAGCCUGGCUUACUAAUACCACGGACAAGUCGAGUGGCGAAGCCAGGCUGGUCGAUCUCGGAGAAAUUUGGCAGGAGGAGCGAGGAGUUUGAAAUUUAGUAGAUGCCGGUCGUGCCGGCGGUACUCGAUCGUAUGUAGCACAACUUAUGCAUCUACCAUACGCUCGUUCAGACUAUAUGCUAUGUUAAGUUUCAACCAUGAGUUCCAUACGACCUUUAUCGCUCGCUGCUCGAGAUGCGAUUGAAGAUCUCCCGACGGACUUUACGAGUGCGCUUUCAACGACACAACACCAGCAAGUUCUCGAGGCCAUCUCGCGACUCGAUUUCAUUUCCCAAGGAUCACAACAUCCGAAGUUGUUUCAACUCAGAUGUCUCGUAUCGUUACUUUCUGGAAGACACGUCGUACUUCGAGCUGCAACAGGCUCCGGCAAGACCCUCGUUCGAUAGCGAUUGGUCGUAAAACAACACGAAGUUGCUCACUCGCUCGCUCA